AAAGUAUUUCAGAAAAUCUUUUACCUACCCCUUCUAGUUCUUUUUCUUUCUUUGUGUGUGGGUAAGCUUAACAACUUACCCUUAUAGUAGGAACAGGAUUUUCUAAACAUAAAAUCAAGGAAAAUAAUGCAAAUGAUUAAUAAAUGUCUACAUUAAAAAAUGCAUGUGAGUGUGGUCCUCUAAAUCUAUAUGUACAUUACCUUCCAUUGGAACCAAACUAACCAGAUUAGAAACUACUUGAAUAUCUUUUGUAAAAUAAUUAUUUUUCUCCUUAUUCUAGGAGUCUAUGAAUUGGUUAUUUUUCAGAUGAAACCAGGUGGGCCAGCUCUGUGGGGUGAAGCAUUUCAAAAGGCAGUUAAUGCUCAUGUAAGUCUAGGCUAUUCAAAACUAGUUGGAGUUUUCCACACAGACUAUGGAGCACUCAAUCGAGUUCAUGUGCUUUGGUGGAACGAGACUGCAGAUAGUCGUGCAGCUGGCAGACACCGGGCACACGAGGAUCCCAGAGUGGUGGCCGCCGGUGUUCCAUGAGUUCUGAGAAAAAGCUCACCUGGGCCUGAUGAAGAAUCUGUACUGGAUUAGAACAGUGAUGAAGAAGAACACCACUCCUUCCACAGCCAUAGCGAAGAGGUUUCGGCCCACUAAGUCCCAAGAGAGUGGAGAGACAAAACGAUUCUCCCCUGGCAGACACAAUGCAGAGAUCCAGUUCACAAUGGAUGCACCAAAGACCAUGACCUUUCCUUAAAUUCAGGUUCAAAUUCACUUCCCUUCCUGGUAACACCAGUGCUUAUUAACCAUGAUGAGAUUGAAAAAAUAAGGGAGUAACCACUCUCCAAGUCUGACUUGAGGUAAGGUUUUGGGGAAACAGAGUACU